CGACCCCAAACCGGAGCGGGCGCGGCGGAGGCCGGGAAGAUGCGCGCCGGUCCGCUCCGGGGCCCCGUUUUGCUCGUGGCGGCGGCGGCGGCGGCGGCCUUCCUGCUGCGGGGAUGCUGCGGCGUCACCUCACACUCCAUGCGCUUUUUCCGCACGGGGGUGUCGAACCCCAGCCAGGGGCUGCCCCAGUUCAUGGUCAUAGGGUACCUGGAUGACCAGCCCUUCCUGCAUUACGACAGCUACUCCAGGAGGGACCGGCCCAAAUCCUCCUGGAUCAAGAAGGUGGAGAAGGACGACGCCAACUACUGGGAGCGGAACACGCAGAUCUCGUGGAACGCCGAGCAGGUCUUCAAGGUCCGCCUGGUGAACGUGCCCAAGUACUACAACCAGAGUGGGGGGUUCCACACCUGGCAGGAGCUGUACGGCUGUGAGCUGAGGGGGGACGGGAGCACCGGAGGGUUCGACGAAUAUGCCUACGAUGGGCGCACCUACCUCAGCUUCGACAAGGAGACCCUCACCUGGACGGCGGCCGAUGCUGCAGCCCAGAUCACCAAGCGGAAGCUGGAGGCCGAGCCCGCCAUCGCCCAGAGACAGAAGUCCUACCUGGAGGGGUUCUGCAUCGAGUCGCUGCGGAGGCACGUGGGGUAUGGGAAGGAGGCCCUGCAGAGGAAAGAGCCGCCUGUGAUCAAUGUGGCACGCAAGGAGGACCCGGAUGGCACGGAGACCCUCCUCUGCCGGGCCCACGGCUUCUACCCCAAGGAGAUUGAGAUCAUGUGGACGAGGGACGGGGAGGUCUGGGCCCAGGACACCUUCCGUGGCCUCGUGGCCCCCAACUCAGACAGGACCUACUUCACCUGGCUCAGCAUCAAGAUCGACCCCAAGGACCGGGGACGCUACCAGUGCCGUGUGGGGCACGACAGCAUGCAGGAUCCGGUGGGCUUUGUCUGGAAGGAGCCCGAAGUUUUAGCAUCCAACUUGGGGGUCAUUAUCGGGUGCGUCGCAGGGGGCCUCAUCCUGCUGGCGGCGGUGAUUCUUAGCGUCUAUUUUUACAAGAAAUGUCAAGGUGGCUACCAGGCGGCAUCAACAAGUGACCGGAAUUCCGACAGCUCAGAGCACGGGAGCAACCUGGCCAUCUAGCAGCCCCACCAAAGGUAUGCCCACAUUAUUUAGGAAUUUUGGAAACUUCCUGUUCCCACCGGUUCGCUCAUCCCUGCUCUUUCUGUGAAGAGACUUCUGUGUAUCGCUUUGUCCACCCUUUGACAAUAGCCCAUCGCCCUGCAGCUUGAGCUUCAGGACGGGCGGCCAGUGACUUGCAGAACCGUGGCCGGGAGGUCCAGGGCUGUGACUGGCUGCUCUCACACGGCAGAUGCCCACGUACAGACAGGCAGGUUGAUGGGCCUUCUGGAUGAUGUGGACAGAGGAGCUGCGAUUAGCAUGCAGAGACUGGCCGUGGGGACAAGAGGCCUUGGCCAAGGGAGCCCACAGCAUUGCUGGAUUGCUGGGAGAUCGUAAAAUUCUCCGGUGGUUAAGACAGGGAGACCUGCAGAGAGGACAGCAGCUGCCCAUGAGGGAACGGGGGGGGGGGGGGGCGCCAUUCUCCACCAGGCAGAAAUGGGCCCUUGUAGGAGGUGUGAAGGUUGGAGUGCAACUAUUUUGACACAGCCUCUCAGAGCAGGGAAGGUGACAGUAGAGGAGGGCAGGCUGAAUGUGUCAGCUCAUAAAUGAGCAUAUGAGCAACUUAUAUAAAUGAGUUUUGCUGGUGCCCUGGCUGUCUUGCCUCAGAUCCAGAGGAAUUCUUUUGCUCUCGACUUGGUUGUGAUGUGAUAACCAUGGGGGCAGCCAAGAGCUCCUGGGGAUUGUUGACAAGCAGUUCUGGGCGGCCAUGAGGCUGUUCCCUUAAAAGUACAGUGGUGCCUCAUUCUUCGAACUCAACUCAUUUCAGGAGGCUGUUUGAACUCUGAAUCGUUCAAAGUCCGAAGCAAUGGUCCCCAUUAGAAAUAACGGAAAGGGAAUUAAUCCGUUCCCUAAACCCGAAACUACCCAUUUCAGCACUUGAUGCCAAAGGGAUGGAGGGAAAUUCCAUUGAUGCCAGGAGUCAGUAUGCAAAACCUUGGAAGCCAGCAAAUUAUGGGGGGAGGGGGGAUCAAAGGAAAUGGGGGAAGGGCACAAACCCUUGAAGUGACACGGGAGACUGGAACUGCUCCCCACCUCAAAUUUGCAUUGUGAUUCCAGCCAAUUCAGUAAGCAUGACAGAGCUACAAUUUUUAUACAUACAAAAUGCAAAACUGCA